CGCGGGCGGGCGGGCGCCUGUCAGGGUCCCUGGGAGUGGCAGCUCUCAGGUGUGCCCCUGCUCAGGUGGCCUCCCCGCGGACUGCCUCCCUCCCCGGCCGCCAGCCUCGCCUGGUGUCAGGACCACCUCCACGUCCUUGAGCACGCGUUGGUCCCUUUCCCAGUGCCAUGCCUCAGUUUACCUCCGAGUGAAGUGUCUGCAGAGCCAGCGCUGCCGCACCGCCAUGGCGCCCACCCUGGCCACUGCCCAUCGGCGCCGCUGGUGGAUGGCCUGCACCGCUGUGCUGGAGAACCUCCUCUUCUCGGCAGUCCUCCUGGGCUGGGGCUCGCUGCUCAUCAUGCUCAAGUCGGAGGGCUUCUACUCCUACCUGUGUACCAAACCAGAAAACGUCACGAACGGCACAGUCGGGAGCACUGCGGAGCCAGAGCACGAGGAGGUGAGCCUGAUGAAUGGCUGGCUCAGCUGUAAGGCCCAGGAUGAGAUCCUGAACUUGGCGUUCACCGUGGGCUCCUUCCUGCUCAGUGCCAUCACCCUGCCCCUGGGCAUCAUCAUGGACAAGUAUGGGCCACGGAAACUCAGGCUGCUGGGCAGUGCCUGCUUUGCUGUCUCCUGCUUGCUGAUUGCAUAUGGAGCAAGUAGCCCAGACUCGCUCUCCGUGCUCAUCUUCAUUGCCUUGGCUCUGAACGGCUUUGGGGGGAUGUGCAUGACGUUCACCUCGCUAACACUGCCCAAUAUGUUCGGUGACCUUCGGUCCACAUUUAUUGCCUUGAUGAUUGGAUCCUAUGCUUCCUCGGCGGUUACCUUCCCAGGAAUCAAGCUAAUCUAUGAUGCUGGUGCCUCCUUCAUUGUCAUCCUGGUGGUCUGGGCCGGCUGCUCUGGCCUGGUUUUCCUCAACUGUUUCUUCAACUGGCCACUUGAGCCCUUCCCAGGCCCAGAAGACAUGGACUACACGGUGAAGAUCAAGUUCAGCUGGCUGGGCUUUGACCACAAGAUCACAGGGAAGCAGUUCUACAAGCAGGUGACCACAGUGGGGCGCCGCCUGAGCGUGGGCAGCUCCAUGAGGAGCAGCAAGGAGCAAGCUGCCCUGCAGGAGGGCCACAAGCUGUGCCUGUCCACUGUUGACCUGGAGGUGAAGUGCCAGCCUGAUGCUGCAGCGGCCCCCUCAUUCAUGCACAGCGUGUUCAGCCCCAUCCUGCUGCUCAGCCUGGUCACCAUGUGUGUCACACAGCUGCGGCUCAUCUUCUACAUGGGGGCCAUGAACAGCAUCCUUGAAUUCCUGGUCAGCGGAGACCAGAAGACAGUUGCCCUUUAUACGUCCAUCUUCGGUGCACUCCAGCUGCUCUGCCUGCUGACAGCGCCUGUCAUCGGCUACAUCAUGGACUGGAGGCUGAAAGAGUGUGAAGAGACUUCCGAGGAGCCUGAGGAGAAAGACACCGCUCAAGGGGAGAAGAAGCCCAAACGAGACAGGCAGAUUCAGAAAGUCACUAACGCCAUGCGCGCCUUUGCCUUCACAAAUGUGCUGCUCGUGGGCUUUGGGGUCACCUGCCUCAUUCCUAAUCUGCCUCUACAGAUCUUCUCCUUCGUCCUGCACACAAUUGUGCGAGGAUUCAUCCACUCUGCCGUAGGGGGCCUAUAUGCUGCUGUGUACCCCUCCACACAGUUCGGUAGCCUCACAGGACUGCAGUCUUUGGUCAGCGCACUCUUUGCUCUCCUGCAGCAGCCGCUGUUUCUGGCCAUGAUGGGUCCUCUUGGAGGAGACCCUCUGUGGGUGAACGUGGGUCUGCUCAUCAUGAGCAUGCUGGGCUUCUGCCUGCCACUUUACCUGAUCUGCUACCGGCGGCAGCUGGAGAGGCAGCUUCAACAGAAGAGGGAAGACAGCAAGCUGUUCCUUAAGAUCAACGGCUCCUCCAACCGGGAGGCCUUCGUGUAGUGCCCACCGCCUCAGCUGCGGCCUUCUGCCUGAGCUUCAGUGACUGAGUGCUGUCAUCUCCCCACCCCAGAGGAUCCCGUGAGCUCCCUGGAUCCUACCCUUUGCUACACUGGAGCCCACACUUCCUCACAAAGCCCUGGCCCCCGGCUGUGAAGUGCUGGUGUGGGGGGACAGGAGAGGGCCCAGGACAGUGAACCAACCACUGCCAGAAGCUGGGCUGCCCUAGCCUAGCUGUCACCCCAGGGGCUCCGGGACCUUGGCUCUCCAUGGAGCUUCUACCUGGAGCCAAGGUGACCCCUCCGCCCCCGUCAAGCAGGCUCUCUCUCACUGAUCUGGAUUCUGCCUCUUGCCAAAGCGGAGGGGCCGCCAUCCUCUGACCACACUACCUGUCCCUGAGCUGCAUGUCCACCGACCACGCCUACCUGAAGACAAAGGCUUGCACUGUCUGCACUCCCCUCGCUUGGCCCCUCACCUCCCCAGGCCAGUCUGGCUGCCUGAGGAAGGAAGGACCCGCUUCCUGUUGUUGGUGCUAUCCCUUUGUAAUCCCAACGCCCACCCCACCCCACCGCCCAGUCUUUUCCUUGAAGGCCUGUGGAGAGAAGCCCCACUGUCUCAGGCUGAGGAAGGGAUGGAGGGCAGAAUAUUAACACAAGGCCUCAAGAGCUGUGGGCAAGGCUUCCUCAGAGUAGGAAGUACACCUCUACUGCCACCCUUGUUCCAGCCUACAACCUGAAGGGAACGUAGGGGACACCACAAGGGCACCCUUCCACCCACACACAGCUGUUUUCUGGGGUGGGAACAAGGCCGUGAGUGGUAGAUGUGAAGCACCAAGCCUAAGUAGGGAAGAGGAUUAGUGAGUAACCAAGGGGUGUGUGUUUAUGUGGUGAGUGUGUUCGUGAGUGUUUACGGUAGGGAGCUGCCUCUACCAGUGGACCAGACCAGAGGCCAGCCAAGCCUACCCAGUCAGCCUUGCUUUCUGAUGGAGCUCUGUGCAUGGCCGUGUGGUUACAGCGCCCCCUGCUGGCAGACUGCGUUCAGGCCCUGGAUCUGUUUUGUAGGAGAAACCUAGCUGGCCUGCCUGGCUCAAUAGCCCACUCACCUUAAUGGCCCCUAAAACCCCUGUCUGAGACCUCUUGGGGUGCCAAGAGGGGUGAGUUGGUUUUUAAGUCUAUGGUUUCCUCUUUAAGUUUCAUCAGAAUUCUUUUUAUGAAGCAAUAAAUCCAUUUUCCUGUUGGUAACGGAUGCCCCCUCCUCACACACCGGUUGACUACCAUUGUAUGUGCCUGUUUUCUGACUGCGAGGAAAGACAGGGCAAGAGGUUCUUCCAGGAAGGAAGAGGAGAGAAGGCAGGCACAGUGACACAUGCUUUAAUCCCAGCACUUAGAAAGCUAAAGCAGGCCGAGUCUGAGGCCAGCCUGGUCUACAUGGAGAGUUCCAGGGCUGUGUAAUCAGAGCCCAUUUGUGUUCUGCUGGUGACAAGCCUGGCUUCGAGUGACAAGUCUAGGGAAGGCCACAGGCAAAGAGAAGCCCUGCCUACCCCGUACCUCAGGCAUAUGGGACUGGAGAAGUGUGGGCUGCCUUCACUGCUGUCUGUUCCAAAUAGACAGGCCAAGCCCGAAGCCGCCUUGACUGUUUCUUGUCACCUUGUGACCCAGGGGUUACGUUACGUGGCGACUACAGGAGUCAUCCGCUGAGUAGUGUGCAGAUGUGGUGAGGGCAGACACAAGAGCUGCCCCCAGGCCAAGGUCGGGCCCUGUAGUCCUAGUGGACUGCCAAGUCUCCGCUCCAGUCUGCUCAGACAUUCAAAUCAUAAACCCCACAACAGUGAGCUACUGGUAGCUUGCUCUGGGGCUUCUUGUUCCUUGGUGGUAGAGCUCAUUCUUAGCAUGGACAAGGCCCCGUUUCCCAAAAGAACUGGAUCUGGGUUUUCCAAGCCACCUCCCGGAACCCUGGUCUGUGAUAGAGUACUGGUGGUUUGUUUCUGAGAAGGACUAGUCAAAUGUCAGGGUAUACUGAGGUAAAGUCAGAGCAGUUGCUUCACAGGGAGUACCCACCACACUUCUCCCUCGUUCGUGAACAUUGCAGCUGUCUGAGAAGGCAUGUAGCAUCAGGCACAGUGGCGAGAGGAUCCUCUGAGUUCAGGGCCAGGCUGGUCUACAUCACACGUGUUCCAGGCCGGACAGGACUACUCAAUGAGACUUAAAAAACAAGCAAACAAAAACACAAGUGUUAUAAGGAUGUGAGAAAAAAAAAAAAAAAAGAUGUUUUCUGCAUUGCUGUCUGAAUGGUGGAGCUGUGGAAAUGUGGCAUGGUCCUGUUAAUGCCAGUACCAGGGGGCAAAGGGUGGCAUGUUCCAGCCUGAGCUGUGGCCCUGCAUGUGUGACAUACUUCUGGAAGGUCCUGCAGUGUUAAGACUGUAGGCUUCGGGGCUGGUGGUGGGUGUAGUUCAGUUGUUAGUGUGUUUGCCUAGCUCACACAAAGCUCUGCGUUUGAUGCCCAGCUCUGAAUCACACUGGGCAUGGGGCACAUACCUGUUAUCCCAGCACUUGGAAGGUGGUGACAUGAGUUUAGAUCAUCCUUGGCCACACGGUGAGUUUGAAGCCAACCUGGCUUCCAGGAGAUUCCUGUGUUCUAAGACAACAAAAACAGAUGGCAGGCUGCCUGUCUCACCUGUGUCUUGGCUUGAUUCUGGUGCCUCCCAGAGGCGCCCCCGUGGGGAGGAAAGUAGUUUGAGGAGGUGCUGACUGACAGAGCGCCUCCGUGCUAGGGACAUAUCAUGAAGUUGGAACCAAAGACAGUAAAGGCCCUUGGGGGGGAGGGGCUACCUCCUGUGUCUGUCCCCCAAGAAGUUCUGCUGAAAGCGUGUGCAUAGCUGGCCAGGGAUGGUGGGACACACGCCUUGAAUUGCAGCACAACCCUGCUCAGAGCGCUGCAGCUGCCUCCACAGAGCAGGGCCCUUAUAGUCUCAAUGCUGUUGCCCGUGAAGGGCGGGAAGAGGUUCUCCUGGGCUUCGGGACAGUGAGGCCCUUAUCUGUGACAUGAUAACUGAUAAGGGCCCAGCCCAAGUGUGUUGGCUACUUCCCUCAGACAUAGACCAUGGGCUGUGAACACAAGAGCACCCAAAUAUUCCAGGGGGACUUCCUUAUCCUCAGGCUGUAGCCCUUUCCCUGGGUUGAGGGUCUCAAGACGAUAUCCCCAUGCUCUAAUUUGCCCUGAGGCCCAGGGUGUGGACAAGCCUCUUGAGUGUUGAGUGUCAGUGUCCUCUGUGAGGAAGGCAUUGUGGCCCUGCUAACAACCACAAUCUUGCACGCCUCGGUCCCUGCAGUGAGUCAUUCUUAGAUGGACAGAUCCGAGACAGGACUGUGGGCAGCUCCCUAACCUUGACUGUUCUCUGAGGGGAGCACACACAUGAGCAGCCAGACUGCAUUCUCAGGGAAAGCUUGAGUGUCAUUUUCUCACAUGGAGUGGAGGCGUCUGUGCUCUCCCGGUGUGGCUAAGGGGACCUGUAGGUAGAUCUCACCAACAGCAGUGUGUGUGGCAUGCAGCAGAAACACCCGCCGGGGCCCUGGAGAAAGGCGGACGGCACAGGGAACAAGGCACCUUCCCUCCAGACGGACACUGACUUCAGGUGGCUGACCAUGCUGGUCUGGUGGCCAGGUCAGUGGGAAGGUCAGUCCUGCUGACCUCAGUCCCCUCAGAACCUCUCUUACAGUGAAGCCUUACGUUCUCUUUGCCCAGUUGCCCACUUUUCUAUUUCUGACUUUGACAUUUUGGUAAGAGGCUUGGCCAAAGAGUCUUGGGGUCAAAAGUCCCAGUCCUGGGGUAGCACUUUUUUAAUGACUGCCUUUUUAAAUGACUGCUUGGCCAGGCCUUCCUUUAUGUGUGCGUGUGUAUGUGUGUUUCUGUGUUGAGAAAGAUGUAUACGGGUGCCUGUGUGCUGUAGAACGUGUGUGCACGUGUGUGCGGGUGCUGAGAUGUUCUGGUGUGUCUGUCGAGAGCCAUGUAUAGGGGUGCCUCAUGCUGUAACUCGUCUGUGUGUAUGUGGGCACGCACGUGCUCUUGUUGAGAUGCUCUGGUGUGUCUGUCGAGAGCCAUGUGUGGGGUGCCUCGGCUGUAACAGGAGGCAGAGGAGGGAAGGCCCUUGUGUCCCUUUCUGCCUAGGAGCAUCUAGGCAGGUCAGAAUCCAGGCCAUAGCAAAGGCCCAGCCCAAGCCUUAGGAUGAGGCUUGAGGGUGUGUUCUGACACUCAGCAGGGUCAAGUAGUGUCACUGAUAACUCAGCAGCUGACCUUGGCCCUUCCCUGUCACUCUACUGUUCCUAGCCCCCAGCGUACACCUUGGCACACAGUAAGCACCUAAUAAACGUAUGCUGAGAAUGACUAAGAA